AUGUUUUUGAAAAACGCGCCUGAGGCUGUUGAGAUUGCAGACGCUCUUUGCUGUACCGUAACACACACGCCGCAUCAAGCGCGAAGUAGCAACUUGGUCGGUCGCCGGCUGCGAAGCAUGGGAUUAGCAGCAAAAAAAGCGCAGCUUCUACGCCGCUUUGACACCGUGCAGGCAAGAAUGGUUUCUAGCCUGGCGUUUUUAGUGCAGACUGGACGAUACUUCAACUGCGCGAAAAGCCAGCAAACGGCAAACUCCAAAUCACGUUUUCACAAGCGCGGCGAUUGCUUGGCUAGGAUUGUCGUCGCAUUGGCUGAAAAGCAGACAGCUGGCAAACAGGCAGAUAAGAACAUCUCGGAAAAGCAUUAUAAUCGAAGAUCUCAAGAUCCUGCCAUCCACAGGGAGGUGCACGUGAAGCCUUUUGCCGGGCACAGCGGUGCCGCAGCCGCUUCUGUAAGGAUGAGUGCCUGA